UUUUGAACCAAGAGACCAUCGCUGUGGUGAAGGAAUUGGGAAAAGAUGACUUGGAGUGUUGUUCAUGAUGGAGAUGGAUUUCCUAGAGUUAUACUGACUGAUGGCGGAGGAUCCUCUGCUGAGGUUCUGCUUUAUGGUGGACAGGUUGUGUCAUGGAAAAAUGAACGUCGAGAGGAAUUGCUUUUUACUAGCAGCAAGACUUCCUUCAGACCACAAAAAGAUGUUAGAGGUGGAAUACCUAUCUUCUUUCCCCAGUAUGGAAGUUUUAAGUCUCUAGAUCUUUCUGGAUUUGCAAGGAAUAGAUUAUGGGCAUUGGAUAGUUCCCCAGCACCACUUCCUCCUCUCAAAAAUCAUUCUUCAGUUGACCUCAUUUUGAGGUCUACAAAUGAGGAUGUAAGAAUUUGGCCUCGCAGCUUUGAGUUGCGACUUCGUAUUAUAUUAGGUCCUAAUAAGCUGACUUUAAUUCCCCGAGUGAGGAAUACUGAUAACAAGGACUUCUCCUUCACAUUUGGAAUUCGUAAUUAUAUCUCUGUUUCUGAUGUCAGUGAAGUGCGUGUUGAGGGUUUGGAGACACUUGACUAUCUAGAUAACAUAAUGGGAAGGGAGAGGUUUGUGGAGCAGCCAGAUGCAAUCACUAUUGAUGGAGAGGUAGACCGUGUGUAUCUGAAUACUCCUACAAAGAUUGCUGUCAUUGAUCAUGAGAAGAAAAGAACCCUGGUUUUAAGAAAAGACGGUUUACCUGAUGCGGCUCUCUGGAACCCCUGGAAUAAAAAGGCAAGAACCAUGCCAGAUUUUGGAGAUGGAGAUUUCAAUGUAAUGCUGUGUGUAGAUUCAGCUGCAGUUGAAACCCCAAUCAAUCUUAAAACAUUCCAAGAAUGGAGAGGCCAUCAAGAACUCUCUACCGUUUCAUCUAGCUACUGCAGUGGGCAGUUGGAUCCUCGCAAAGUUUUAUUUGGAUGAACCAUAUAUAUAUAUAUAUGGAGCAGCAGCUGCUUGGAAACUUAGAAGAGGCUGAGCAGGGACGCGCCAAAUCUCUCUUUAGCUUCUUUAUCAAAAGGAUCAUCACCCAGGUACAUAUGGAGGUAUGCUCUGCACAGCAACUCGCUCUCUACUUGGCUUAUCAGCUCAUCUUUCACUGCAUUCAUUGAAUUUCUAUAUUGAGAUGCACAGUAUUUGGAUAUGAAUGUACAACUUUUGACCUCUCAUCUUAUUGGCUUUUGCGUUAAAUAAGUCCGUGAAAUAUAUUUGGUUUGCAUUUAA